UGAACAAAACACAAAGAUCCAUGCUCUCGUGAACCUUACAUUUUAUACAGAGAAUAAAUAUAAGACCGUUAUGUAACUUGGCGUAUGGUACCAACAAAAAAAAAUCUGAGCGAGCUGAAGGGUCUGGAUUAGUUCCAUAGUGGGUGUGUGAUCAGCUGAGGCGUUAUUGGGUGGGAGCUGUUGGGGCAAGGAUGAGUUUUGUGUGGUAGUCAAGUUCAUAUCUCAGCAAGAACAUCCCAGGCAGCAAGACCAGCCACCAGAGAGGCAGAAACAUGCCUGUCAUGCUCAGGGAAGUUAGGAUGUUCGAGAAAGGGGAUAGAGGAUAGAGGCAGACAGUAAGACCAGACCUAAAAGGUAGCCAGAUUGUCAGUGCAGACGAAAGCCGUGAGAAAAAGAUUUUUCUAGCCCACGUUUUCAAAAGAUAACCCCAACUGUAAAUAAUAAAGCGCGUGGGGGCAAGUGUGGAAUGAAGUGAAAUCGGGACACCAUUUCGAUGAUCCAAAUGCCUUUAAUAGUGGCUUAGAACAAGGAAGUAAUAGAGGUGUUGAGAACUGUUUGGAUACUGCGUCCAUUUUGAAGGCUGUGUUUACAAGAUUUGCUAGAAAUUGCACAUCUCAGUCGUUUAUGUGACUUUGAGAGCUACAUUAAAAGUCUAAGCCAAUGGAAGUUUGAUGGUACUUAAGCUGAGAGAUAAAAAAAGACAAGUAGAAGUUUUGACUAGGAAAUUAGUACCAGAAUUGAGAAUUGUUUGGAAGACGUGCGAAUUGGGAAAUCACCAGCUGAUAUUUAAAGCCAUAAGAAUGAAUUAAAAUGGACGGAAAAGGAAGAGACUGUCCACCGUUAAUCCUAGCACCCCAGGGGGGCAGAGGCAGGCGGAUCUCUGAAUUCCAGACAAGAGGGUCAAUCAGCCGCUUGAACCAGUGAAUCUAAGAAGACACCCCCAAAGUGAAGUACCAAGCAGAGAUCCUGUAACCGGAAGUCAGCUGUAUCCGAUGCGCUGGUCGGUGAAGAUCAUCCCUCAGCGGCCUGCAGCAUCGGUUUCAUUACACUUAGAGCCGAGAGCUCUGUGUGACUAGGGGAAAGGGAGAACUGGAAACAGAGUCAAAUAACUCUUUUACCAAACAGGAAUAGAAUGUAGGUGGCAGGGGAAGUGAUUUUGAAUAGUCGUGGUUGUUACUCUACCCAAGGUGGGAGAAGUAACUGCCAGUUUGUUUGCUGAUUGAUGAUGAGAGAAAGAAGGAGCUACUGAGUUGUUAGACAAUAUCCUCAAGUAUGCUCGAGAAAGAGGCCUGAUACAAAGGACAUCAAUGCAAGCCUGAAGAAAAAGUAAUUGCUUCAUUUUAAGCCAUGGCAUAUCAGUUAUACAGAAAUACAACUUUGGGAAACAGUCUUCAAGAGAGCCUUGAUGAGCUCAUACAGUCUCAACAGAUCACCCCCCAGCUUGCCCUUCAAGUUCUACUUCAGUUUGAUAAAGCUAUAAAUUCAGCAUUGGCUCAGAGAGUCAGGAACAGAGUCAAUUUCAGGGGCUCUCUAAAUACAUACAGAUUCUGCGAUAAUGUUUGGACUUUUGUAUUGAAUGAUGUUGAAUUCAGAGAGGUGACAGAACUUAUUAAAGUGGAUAAAGUGAAAAUUGUAGCCUGUGAUGGUAAAAAUACUGGCUCCAAUACUACGGAAUGAGUAAGAAAUGCGGCUUUUUUAUGCCACCUUCUGUUAUUUCAUCGCUUUUUGAAGAGAAACAUAGAAGAGACUUUUUUUUUUAAUUUAUUCUCACGGUGCAGAAAUGACAACACUGUGCUAUACUACCCAAGGGUUCCACAGAGAGAAGCAUGUGGCUCUGUUCUCUUACAUGACCUUUAGUACACAGCAUAAAUGGAACUUUUUUAAAUGACAAAUCAAAAGUGGUUGCCUUCACAAGAAUAUUCUUCAAUAAACUUGUUUUAAAACUU